AUGAUACUGAAAAAAUCAUAUCUGGCUACACUUUUAGCCUUGCUGAUUCGAAUUUUAUUAGUUUCAGCAGAUUCAACUGUUUAUUCAAGAACAUAUUGGACGGGAACUACUGCUUCAACAUACUCGACUUCUUAUGAUGUCAAUGGUAUUCUAAUCCAUGAUACUACUACGUUUUAUUGGAUUUAUACUCCUAGAGUAACACUCUCAACUACCACUACUUCUUUUAAUACCAAUGUUCCAUCAUUAACAACUAGUACAAUAGUUAUUACUAGCAUAGGGGCUGACGGUUAUGAAACAUAUAUCACAUCAACUUUAGUAUACUAUCCUCUUUAUACUAGUCCAACAACUGUUACUACAAGAAGAACCUUUUUUUCAAGUUACACAUCUACCUAUUCAACCUUGUAUAAUACUAUUGUUGGAGAUGAUGGCUCAACAACAACAGAUAUUACAUAUUAUAUUGCUAUUCCAGAUAUGUUUUACAAAUCUUCAACUACUGAAGGUUGGACUGGUAGUUAUUUAUGGACUCAUGCUACUUCCACUGUUGUUACAACAGGUAAUGAUGGUAUUUCAACUACAGGUACUGUUUAUUACGUCUAUACUACAAGAAACGCAGGUUUAACUACAUUCGUUCCAUGGACUGGAACCUAUACAACCUUCUAUUCUACCGGUUUGACCUCAUUUGGUGGGAUUAUUGGUGUUGGUCAAACCACCUCUACUUUGUACUGGGUUUACACCCCUAUUCGUGGAAGUACUUCCCGUAGAACUACUUGGAGUUCUAUAGAUCAUACUACUACAUGGUCUACCUCCAUUUUAACUACAACUGAUGCUCAAGGUAAUGCAACAACUGAAACUAUUUACUUUGUUGCCACUCCAGUUCGUCGUGCCACAUCUACAGUUUCAACGACAAGUAAUUUUAGUUCGGCAUCUACUUAUACUUACUCCACUAUAUUUAAUACUGUAAUUGACGGGGAUGGCAAUACCACUACAGAAACUACAUACUAUGUAGCUAUUCCUACCAACUUUUUAUAUUCUACUUCUAUCGAAGGUUGGACUGGUAACUACCUCUGGACUCAUGCUACUUCCACUGUUGUUACAACAGGUAAUGAUGGUAUUUCAACUACAGGUACUGUUUAUUACGUCUAUACUACAAGAAACGCAGGUUUAACUACAUUCGUUCCAUGGACUGGAACCUAUACAACCUUCUAUUCUACCGGUUUGACCUCAUUUGGUGGGAUUGUCGGUGUUGGUCAAACCACCUCUACUUUGUACUGGGUUUACACCCCUAUUCGUGGAAGUACUUCCCGUAGAACUACUUGGAGUUCUAUAGAUCAUACUACUACAUGGUCUACCUCCAUUUUAACUACAACUGAUGCUCAAGGUAAUGCAACAACUGAAACUAUUUACUUUGUUGCCACUCCAGUUCGUCGUGUCACAUCUACAGUUUCAACGACAAGUAAUUUUAGUUCGGCGUCUACUUAUACUUACUCCACUAUAUUUAAUACUGUAAUUGACGGGGAUGGCAAUACCACUACAGAAACUACAUACUAUGUAGCUAUCCCUACGAACUUUUUGCAUUCUACCACUACAGAUGGUUGGACUGGUAGUUAUUUAUGGACUCAUUCAACUGCAAUUACUGUUACAACAGGUAAUGAUGGUAUUUCAACUACGGGUACCAUUUAUUACGUCUAUACUACAAGAAAUGCAGGUUUAACUACAUUCGUUCCAUGGACUGGAACCUAUACAACCUUCUAUUCUACCGGUUUGACCUCAUUUGGUGGGAUUAUUGGUGUUGGCCAAACUACAUCUACUGUGUACUGGGUUUACACUCCUAUUCGUAACACCACAGUAACUAGAACAACCUGGAGUUCUAUUGAUUAUACAACAACUUGGUCUACAAAGUACGCAACUUUUGUUGGUGCUGAUCAUGAAAGUACUACUGAAACUUAUUAUUUUAUUGCUACCCCUGUACGUCGUGUUACGUCCACAGUCUCAACAACAAGUAAGUUUAGUUCUGCCUCUACUUAUACUUAUUCAACUAUUUAUAACACGAUAACCGAUGAGGACGGGCAAACAUUUACAGAAACAACUUACUACGUUGCUAUCCCUACUAACUUUUUGUAUGCUACUACCACUGAGGGCUGGACUGGUUUCUUUUUAACUACACAUGCGACUUCCACUGUUGUUACCACCGGUGAUGAUGGAAUUUUAACUACCGGUACUAUCUAUUAUGUUUACACUUCUCGUGUUCCUGGUGUAACAGUAACAACUCCAUGGACAGGUACCUACACAACAUAUUACUCCACGUAUACAAGUUAUGAUGCAUUUUUAGGUAUUACCUAUGAUACAACUACUUACUAUUAUGUUAAGAUUCCCUAUUAUGAAACAUUUUCAUCUACUACUACUUAUAGUACGCACCAAUAUACAACCACAUAUUCUACUGAAUAUUUGUCAUUUACAGAUUUAGAUGGCAAUGUCACUACACAAAUCAUUUAUCAUGUUUAUACCCCAACACGUCGUGAUACCAGUACUUAUACCAUCAAGAGUAGUUCUUUUGGUGGAACACUAACAUCUACAUUUGCCACCUUCUACUCUACAGUAACAGAUGAAGAUGGUAAUGAGACUACCCAGACAACUUAUUAUAUUGCCAUUCCAACCGAUCUAUAUAAAACCACAACAACUGAAGUGUGGACUGGUCGUUACACUAUAACUUAUUACAUCAGUAAAACAACAGCAAAAGGAACUGAUGGAUAUUCUACCGAAAAAACAGUUUACUAUGUUCAUACACCUACUCCUGAUGGUGGUAAGUGGCUCACAACUUAUUGGUCGGGUACUUACACAACAUAUAGUCAAAGUGGUUAUACAUUAGCUUUUGGUUUCAAAGGUAUCUUCUUCGGGUUGUGGGUCUAUCCUCAAUAUAUUUUAAAAACGCCGAUUCGUAGAACAACUUUGUUCAGCUGGACUAGUAACUGGAAUCUACAAACUACUUCUACUUCCUCUCGUGUAACUACCUUUGUCGGGCUGGACCGGGAAUCAACAACUGAGACUAUUUACUUUGUUUUUGCGCCUGCUCCUACUGUUUCAUCGUUCAUUUACUCACAAGGUACAUUCACCUCUUCAACCACAGUGACUACGUCUACUUUUACCACUACUGUUGGCGGAGCUUAUGAUUAUUCAUGGGCCAUUGUGUAUUAUGUGGUUCUACCUGUUGAUGUUGCACAAUCUACAGUAAUGACUCAAUGGACUGGUACAUAUGUUACAACAAGUACCAUUUUUGUGACAACUAUUACUGAUUCAGAAGGAUUUUCUUCGAUUUAUACUGUUUAUGUUGUCCAAACCCCAGUUCUAAGUGCAUCCUACACAUAUAUUCCUUGGACUGGAACAUACACAUCAACGAUUUUAACCAGUGUUUACACAACUUUAGAUUACUAUGAUAACUUUUUGGCUUCCUGGACGCAUACUAUUUUUAUUAUUCAAACACCUAUCCGUUUGUCUACUUCCUAUGACUUUUCAUAUUGGACAGGUACGAAUUAUUCAACUUAUUCGACUGAUAUCGUCACAAUUACCGAUGUUUGGGGGAAUGCAACUACAGAAACAAUUUACUAUGUUGUAACACCUACUCGUGUUAUCUAUACUACUGAAUUGUUUCCACAAAGUAAUGCAGGUACUAGUACUUUCAGUACUGGGGUUACUACUUUCACUGGUAAAGAUGGCUUAGAAACAACUGAAACUAUCUAUUCCGUUCUUAUCCCAGUAGAUUCAAAAUUGAGCACCGUUUUUAGUUCAUGGGAUAAGGAUUACAUAAGUGAAUUAUCUACAGUUACUUCUGGAGGAACUACUAUUAUUUAUAUUGUCACACCAAUUGACACUGGUAUUUUUAUUUACCUACCAUGGGCUGGUGACUAUACAUCCACUAUUUUGACAUCCACAUCUUACAGUUUUGGUUAUUCAGGUACAUUUUUAGGUGGUUGGGAUCGUAUUGUAUAUGUCGUCGAAACACCAAUUCGUUCUCUAAUAUCCACUAGUUAUUCUGCUUGGCCAUCUCCAAAUAAGACAUCUACAUUCAAAACAAUUGUUACUACUUUUACUGGCAAAGAUAAAGAAGAAACGACUGAAACAUUAUAUUUAGUUUAUACUCCUUAUAGAGUAACUAGUACUACUACCACUACUGGGUACGGUCAAGAAGGAAUAGAGACAUUUACGACUACUACAAGGACAUUUACUGGUACUGACGGUGAAGAGACUACUGAAACUAUUUAUAUUGUCGGAACACCUGAUCAUGAAAGAACGUCCACCAGUUAUACAGCUUGGUCCAGUGAUGUAUCACUAACUUUUUCCACUUUUGUUACUACAUACACGAAUGAAAAUGAUUUUGUAAUUACUGAAACAAUAUACUUCGUGAGUACACCAUACCGUUUUUACACGACCACAAGCUUAUCUGGUAUUCUUAAUAUAUCUAGGGUAACAUACCAGACAAUUCUAACAACAUUCACUGAUGCAGAUGGUAAUGAAACAACUGAAACAACAUAUUUAGUAUACACUCCUAUUAUAAAAUCUACAUCAACUUCAUACACAGCUGUUGAUAACAUAGAUGGUACCUUUACUUACUCUACUGAGGUGAUAACCUUAACAGACAGUCAAGGUGAUGGGUUUACAAAUACUAUCUAUUUUGUUAUGACUCCUAUCCGUGGAAGCAUUGUCACGUCUUUUACUGCAUCUGGUGCCAUUACCAGUACUUAUUCUACAUCCAUUUUUACUACAAUCAAUUCUGAAGGUGAUGAAAUCACAGAAACUAUUUAUUUUGUUAUGACACCUGCAAGGGAAAUUACUUCUACAACUUCAUCAUACUGGUCUGUAAGAUCGUUGUCUACAUAUUCCACUAUGAUUGAAACCAUCACGGAUGAAUUUGGUAAUGAAUCAACUGAAACAAUUUAUUUUGUAUACGGACCUCAUUAUGAAGUAACAAGAACAACUUAUGUCGGUGGAGCUGUAACAGCUGAUGCAACUGUUACAACAUUUAUUACGACAUUUAGUGACAAGGAAGGUUUCUGGACUACUGAAACUAUUUUUGUUAUAGAAACUCCAUUUGCAUCUUCCACAGAAUCCUCUUACGAAUUUUCAUCAUAUUCAAAUGGUUCUUUUGUAAGUUCCGUUCCAGAUUCUCUAUAUGAAAGUUCAUUCCUUUCUGAAAGUAUUAUGUACAACACCUCUUCUGUUGAAUCAACAAUGGAAUCUUCAAUUGCUUCUGAAAGUAUUAUGUACAACACAUCCUCUUCCGAAUCAUUAAUGGUAUCUGAAAGUGGUAUGUACAACACCUCUUCUGUCGAAUCAACAAUUGAAUCUUCAAUUGCUUCUGAAAGUAUUAUGUACAACACCUCUUCUGUUGAAUCAACAAUGGAAUCUUCAAUUGCUUCUGAAAGUAUUAUGUACAACACAUCCUCUUCCGAAUCAUUAAUGGUAUCUGAAAGUGGUAUGUACAACACCUCUUCUGUCGAAUCAACAAUUGAAUCUUCAAUUUCUUCUGAAAGUAUUAUGUACAACACCUCUUCUGUUGAAUCAACAAUGGAAUCUUCAAUUGCUUCUGAAAGUAUUAUGUACAACACAUCCUCUUCCGAAUCAUUAAUGGUAUCUGAAAGUGGUAUGUACAACACCUCUUCUGUCGAAUCAACAAUUGAAUCUUCAAUUGCUUCUGAAAGUAUUAUGUACAACACCUCUUCUGUUGAAUCAACAAUGGAAUCUUCAAUUGCUUCUGAAAGUAUUAUGUACAACACAUCCUCUUCCGAAUCAUUAAUGGUAUCUGAAAGUGGUAUGUACAACACCUCUUCUGUCGAAUCAACAAUUGAAUCUUCAAUUUCUUCUGAAAGUAUUAUGUACAACACCUCUUCUGUGGAAUCAACAAUGAAAUCUUCAAUUGCUUCUGAAAGUGGUAUGUACAACACCUCUUCUGUCGAAUCAACAAUUGAAUCUUCAAUUGCUUCUGAAAGUGGUAUGUACAACACCUCUUCUUCAGAAUCAUGGAUUGAAUCUUCAAUUGCUUCUGAAAGUGCUAUGUACAACACCUCUUCUUCAGAAUCAUGGAUUGAAUCUUCAAUUGUUUCUGGUAGUGCUAUGCACAACACCUCUUCUUUCGAAUCAUCGAUUGAAUCUUCAAUUGUUUCUGGAAGUGCUAUGCACAACACCUCUUCUUUCGAAUCAUCAAUGAUAUCCGAAAGUGAUAUUUUAAACAAUUCUUCCAUAGAAUCCAUAGAAAUGACUGAUACGAGUGGAUAUAGCUCAUAUGUAUCAGAUAAUUCAAUUACUUCUAUUACUUCUAACUCAACUAAAACAUUAGAAUCUUCUAAAAAAUCAUCAUCACAAAUACAAGAAACCGGUUCUGAAAAUAUAGAAACUUACACAACAAUUUCAAACAGUACGGUCGAAAUGUCUUACACCAAUUCUGAUAAGAAUACUGAAUCAAUAACAAGCCAACAAUCAUACGAUCACUCAGAAUACACUUCCACCGACUCUGAAGGUAAUGUUACCACCGGUACCACUACCUACCCAGUCUCUCACACCAGUGAAGAAGAAUUGACUACUUCUACUUACACUUCCACCGACUCUGAAGGUAAUGUUACCACCGGUACCACUACCUACCCAGUCUCUCACACCAGUGAAGAAGAAUUGACUACUUCUACUUACACUUCCACUGACUCUGAAGGUAAUGUUACCACCGGUACCACUACCUACCCAGUCUCUCACACCAGUGAAGAAGAAUUGACUACUUCUACUUACACUUCCACCGACUCUGAAGGUAAUGUUACCACCGGUACCACUACCUACCCAGUCUCUCACACCAGUGAAGAAGAAGUCACCACUUCUACUUACACUUCCACCGACUCUGAAGGUAAUGUUACCACCGGUACCACUACCUACCCAGUCUCUCACACCAGUGAAGAAGAAGUCACCACUUCUACUUACACUUCCACCGACUCUGAAGGUAAUGUUACCACCGGUACCACUACCUACCCAGUCUCUCACACCAGUGAAGAAGAAGUCACCACUUCUACUUACACUUCCACCGACUCUGAAGGUAAUGUUACCACCGGUACCACUACCUACCCAGUCUCUCACACCAGUGAAGAAGAAGUCACCACUUCUACUUACACUUCCACCGACUCUGAAGGUAAUGUUACCACCGGUACCACUACCUACCCAGUCUCUCACACCAGUGAAGAAGAAGUCACCACUUCUACUUACACUUCCACCGACUCUGAAGGUAAUGUUACCACCGGUACCACUACCUACCCAGUCUCUCACACCAGUGAAGAAGAAGUCACCACUUCUACUUACACUUCCACCGACUCUGAAGGUAAUGUUACCACCGGUACCACUACCUACCCAGUCUCUCACACCAGUGAAGAAGAAUUGACUACUUCUACUUACACUUCCACCGACUCUGAAGGUAAUGUUACCACCGGUACCACUACCUACCCAGUCUCUCACACCAGUGAAGAAGAAGUCACCACUUCUACUUACACUUCCACCGACUCUGAAGGUAAUGUUACCACCGGUACCACUACCUACCCAGUCUCUCACACCAGUGAAGAAGAAGUCACCACUUCUACUUACACUUCCACCGACUCUGAAGGUAAUGUUACCACCGGUACCACUACCUACCCAGUCUCUCACACCAGUGAAGAAGAAGUCACCACUUCUACUUACACUUCCACUGACUCUGAAGGUAAUGUUACCACCGGUACCACUACCUACCCAGUCUCUCACACCAGUGAAGAAGAAUUGACUACUUCUACUUACACUUCCACCGACUCUGAAGGUAAUGUUACCACCGGUACCACUACCUACCCAGUCUCUCACACCAGUGAAGAAGAAGUCACCACUUCUACUUACACUUCCACCGACUCUGAAGGUAAUGUUACCACCGGUACCACUACCUACCCAGUCUCUCACACUUCUGAAGAAGAAUUGACUACUUCUACUUACACUUCCACCGACUCUGAAGGCAAUGUUACCACCGGUACCACUACCUACCCAGUCUCUCACACCAGUGAAGAAGAAUUGACUACUUCUACUUACACUUCCACCGACUCUGAAGGUAAUGUUACCACCGGUACCACUACUUUGGAUUGGUCCGAGGUUUCUAGUUCUUCAGUGUUAGUCACUGAAAAUGUCUCUACAGUAACUGUUACUAUGUCUGAUGGUAAUGUAGUGACUUUGACAACUACAGUUCCAUGUUCUACUUCAGUUGCUUCAUCUAAACCAACAGAUAACACUGUUACUCACAUUACUACAACCGACUCUGCUGGUCACACAACUGUUAUAACCUCAUCAGUCCCACCAUCUUCUGUUGCUAGUGAAACUACUAAACCAACAGAUAACACUGUUACUCACAUUACUACAACCGACUCUGCUGGUCACACAACUGUUAUAACCUCAUCAGUCCCACCAUCUUCUGUUGCUAGUGAAACUACUAAGCCAACAGAUAACACUGUUACUCACAUUACUUCAACCGACUCUGCUGGUCACACAACUGUUAUAACCUCAUCAGUCCCACCAUCUUCUGUUGCUAGUGAAACUACUAAGCCAACAGAUAACACUGUUACUCACAUUACUACAACCGACUCUGCUGGUCACACAACUGUUAUAACCUCAUCAGUCCCACCAUCUUCUGUUGCUAGUGAAACUUCUAAACCAACAGAUAACACUGCGACCCACAUUACUACAACCGACUCUGCUGGUCAAACAACUGUGAUAACCUCAUCUGUUCCAACUUCUGAUACACAAAGUGUGACUACAUUGGUUCCACCAGGUAGCUCUAUGUCGACCGUAUCAUCAGACUUGAAUACUUCUGCCAGUGAUGGUGUCACAUCAUCUGGAUCUAACCCAUCUGCUACUGUAGGUAUCUCAUCUUCUUAUGAAGGUGCCGCUGUAUCAAAUAAGAUAAAUAAUUCCUUAUCCGGUUUGAUUGGUAUGAUUGUUUUGGCAAUUUUGGUUUAG